AUGGCGGGCUUCGUGCGGGAGCUGGAGCGGCGGGGCGGGCCGGCGCUGCGGCUGGAGCAGCGGGCGGCGGGCGGCGUGGGCUGCGUGGUGUGGGACGCCGCCUUGGUGCUCGCCAAGUUCCUGGAGACCGGCGCUUGCCCCCUCGCCCGCCGCCACGUCCUCGAGCUGGGCGCCGGCACCGGCGCCGUCGGCAUCAUGGCGGCCACGUUGGGGGCAAACGUGACGGUCACCGACCUUGAGGAGCUGCAGGAGCUGUUGAUGGUUAAUAUAGAGAACAACAAACAUCUGGUCACAGGGUCAGUCCGAGCCAAGGUACUGAAAUGGGGUGAAGAUGUAACAGAAUUUCAGCCUCCCCCCGAUUAUAUACUAAUGGCUGAUUGCAUUUACUACGAGGAGUCGUUAGAACCGUUACUGAAGACACUGAAAGACCUUACUGGCCCUGAUACGUGCGUCUUGUGCUGUUACGAACAGAGGACUAUGGGAAAGAAUCCUGAAAUUGAGAGAAAAUACUUUGAGCUGCUUCAGAUGGACUUUGAGCUGGAAAAAAUUCCCCUGGAUAAGCACGAUGAGGAGUACCGCAGCGAAGACAUUCAUAUCGUGAAUAUCCACAGGAAACAAACGAAUUUUCCAUCGUGAGAUCUCUGACCACAGUAUCUGUCCUCUGGCAGCUGGUAGAGCUCUGGAGAAGAGGGAGAGGGUAUAGAAUAACACCACAAAGGGGCUGUCUCCAGUGUGGUUUGUGACUCAUCUACAGAAUGGCUUCUCGAUGGUGGGCUUGGCAUGAGGCACCAGAAGAAGUGGGCUUGUUAGAUUAGAUCCACUGAUAGUGCCUUCCAAGAGGGCAGUUGUGAGCUGUUGACGGCUGAGGCAGAGGGAGGCAGAAAACGGAACCAGAGCUUCAGCUGGAGCAGCGCUGGGUGCGUGUUCUGGUUACCUCUGCUGGGCAGCCGCUUGUCAGAGCA